AUGUCUGUCAAGCUCGCUGACGUCUCCAGCCGAGUAAAAGCCGAAACGUGGGGUCAACAUGACUUAACGGUCCACCGAUGUCAUGUCGUCACCCUUAAAAAACAGCGGCGGCGGCGGCGGCACUUUAGCGGUGUCAAGCUGCUUCCUUACUUCUACCACUACAUCACCACAUAUACAACCUCAAUCAUCUUGAUAAUUUGCAGUUCACCUGUCCAGACCAGCUUUUGGCCCAAACAGUCUGCCCCUCCGACGACUUGCAACCGCAGCCAUGUCGACCGAGCCCAGCAAGUACAAGCUCAACCACUCCAUGUAAGCCUCUCCUCACUGGAUUUGCCAUGGUUCGGAACUAACGCCUCAAGGCUGAGGGUCAAAGACCCCAAGCGAUCGGUCCAGUUCUACGAGUUCUUGGGCAUGAAGGUGAUCCAGAAGCUCCCCAACCCUGACGCCAAUUUCGAUCUCUACUUCCUUGCCUAUGACAGCUCCAAAGCUGUCUCUCACGGAAACCAUUUCACCGAUCGCGAAGGCAUCAUCGAGCUCACGCACAACUAUGGCACCGAAGAUGACCCCAACUACAAAAUCGCCAAUGGCAAUCAGGAGCCCCACCGCGGCUUUGGCCACGUGUGCAUCUCCGUAGACAACCUCCAGGCAGCAUGCCAGAGGAUAGAGGAUGCGGGAUACAAGUUUCAGAAAAAAUUGACCGACGGCAGGAUGCGUCAUGUUGCCUUUGUCCUGGACCCGGAUGGUUACUGGGUCGAGGUUAUUGGGCAGAAACCGCUCGAGAAGACGGAAAACGUAAAAGAGACGGACCCCACUACUUACCGAAUGAACCACACCAUGAUACGCGUAAAGGACGCCGAGGUGUCGCUCAAGUUUUACCAAGAGACUAUGGGCAUGCAGCUUAUGCGCAAGCACGAGAUGGAAUCGGCAGGUUUCAACUUGUAUUUUCUGGGCUACGGCGGACCGGUUGCCGAGAACACCCCCGAGGGGGUCAGCCCAACGGCGGACCACGAGGGUCUUCUGGAGCUCACGUGGAACUAUGGAACUGAGAAAGACGCCAACUUCAAAUAUCACGAUGGGAACGCGGAGCCACAAGGCUUCGGCCACAUUUGCAUCUCCGUUGAUGAUCUGGAUGCGGCUUGUGCCCGGUUCGAGGAAAAGAAGGUCAACUGGAAGAAGCGGCUCACAGAUGGCAGGAUGAAGGAAAUUGCGUUUGUGCUUGAUCCCGACGGAUAUUGGAUCGAGGUGGUGCAAAACGAGAAGUUCAAGAAGCGAGCCAACUGGUGA